AUGUCAGGUAGUCUUUAUACUAGAGCUGGUAGUCCUGCAGAUACAUGUCAGGGUUUACGGAGAGGAGAUCAAAUACUUGCGGUCAAUGAUAAAGAUAUAACAGAUGCUACACAUGACGCAGCGGCCAAGGAAUUGAAAGGUGCGGGGCAGCAUGUAAAAAUUACUGUUCAAUAUAAACCUGAAGAGUAUACAAGAUAUGAAGCAAAGUUGCACUCCUUGCAGCAAACUAUUACAGGAACACUAGUUCGUACUUCACCCAAGAGAACCCUUUAUGUUAGAGCACUUUUUGACUACGAUCCGAAUAAGGAUGAUGGAUUACCGAGUAGAGGAUUAAUGUUUAACUACGGAGAUAUACUUCAUGUUACUAAUGCUUCCGAUGACGAGUGGUGGCAGGCACGUAAACUGCUACCUAAUGGGGAGGAGGCUGGCUUAGGUAUUAUUCCGUCCAAAUUAAGGUGGGAGAGGAAACAGCGAAUGAAGAAUCGAACAUUAAGAUUUGGAGGCCCUGGUCGUAGCUCAACUAGUCUUGAUAGGAGUACAAGUGCUUUGAAUCGGCAGCACGCCAAACAGAAAAUAAGUUUCAGCCGACGAUUCCCAUUUAUGAAAUCACGUGACAGAUUAAACAAAAUGGACGACGAGGAUUCAUUUGAGAACGGUAGUAAUCACAGAUCUCGAGACGAGAUGAGAGAAGGGAAUAUUUUAACAUAUGAACCUGUUGAAGAAAUAGAUUUAGAGUUUACUAGACCUAUAAUUAUCCUUGGUCCAAUGAAGGAUCGGAUUAACGACGACCUUAUGCGUGAGUUCCCUGAAAGAUUUGGUUCCUGUGUUCCUCAUACAACAAGACCGAGAAGAGAACACGAGGUUGAUGGACGGGAUUAUCAUUUUGUUUCUUCUGUUGAACAGAUGGAGAAGGAUAUACAAACCCAUCUUUUUAUUGAAGCAGGUGUUUUUAAUUCAGGACAGUACAAUGAUAACUUGUACGGUACUUCAGUACAGUCAGUCAAAGAUGUCGCUGUCCAGGGUAAGCACUGUAUCCUGGACGUUUCUGCCAACGCAAUCAAGAGACUUCAUGUUGCCACACUUUACCCUAUUGCUGUGUUCCUAAAACCUAAGUGUGUAGAAUCUAUCCUUGAGAUGAAUAAACGAAUGACCGAAGAUCAGGGUCGGAAAACUUUUGAACGAGCCUUAAAACUAGAAAGUGAAUUUGGCGAGUUUUUCACCGCAGUUGUACAGGGUGAUACCCCAGAGGAGUUGUAUGAGAAGGUUAAAGAUGUAAUCCAAGAACAGUCUGGAGACACUAUCUGGGUUCCAUCCAAGGAGAAACUCUAAACCUUAACCCGUCUCUAAAUCAUUACUGAAUUUAAAAUGGUGGACACAGACUUAACAAUCCAGAUAGGGUUGAACGAACAGUUAGGGGGGAAAGGGUCAUUAAUGAAAACAAACAAACAACCCGGUUUUUAAUCGGAGCGGACCUAACUCUCAAAUUUACAUAAACUGUGAUAUCAAAAUAUUUUGUUUUCAACC